UUCGUCCUUGUUAUUUGUACGUCCUUCACCAAUCACAUUUAAUAUUUAUAUUUUUUGGCCUUUUUUCUUGGUUCAUUUGGGUUUACUUGGUCAAUAAAUAUCACCAUGUCAUUUUCUUUUUUAAGAAGGAUGAAUAAUUUUGUUAAUGUAGAUUAAUUUUGAUUGGGGGAAUUCACGAGCAAAUUUUAGGGUGGUUCGAUUUUUCUUGAAUUGGAUUUCACAUUCUUUUAUCCUCUCAAUGCAAUGGAACAGUUGAAAUUAUCUGCUGAGUCUCAUUCCAAAGAGGAUCAUUCUUUAAAGCAAACCCCCAAAAGGGACAAUAACCUUGAGCCUUCUGGUAGUCCUCGUAGUCGAAAGGUAUCAGCAAGAUGGGUUCCAGAUGGAGCGUGCAGGCCUGUUAUUGAUGACGCUCCAGUAUUCUAUCCAACUGUUGAGGAAUUUGAAGACACACUUGCUUACAUAGAAAAGAUACGUACCAAAGCUCAACCUUUUGGUAUAUGCCGGAUUGUUCCUCCACCUUCUUGGACUCCACCAUGUCUUCUCGAAGAUAAAGAUAUGUGGGAAAAUGCUAAAUUUUCCUCACGAAUUCAGCAAAUUGACCUGCUUCAAAAUAGGGAGCCAAUGAGAAAGAAAAGCAAAAGUCGGAAGCGGAAGCGAAAGAGACAUUCAAAAAUGGGAACCACCAGGAGACGUACUAAUUCUGGUUAUGAAGCUAGUGUCACUUCUGAGACUGAUGAGAAGUUUGGAUUUCAUUCAGGAUCAGAUUUUACUCUCAAAGAGUUUCAGAAACAUGCUAGUACUUUUAAAGAGGCUUACUUUGAAAUGAAGGAUUCCAACGAGGAUUUAAAAUCUGAUGGAGCAGAAUUCAAGAAAUGGGAACCUACUGUAGAGGAUAUUGAAGGUGAAUACUGGCGUAUAGUUGAGCAACCAACUGAUGAGGUUGAGGUGUAUUAUGGAGCUGAUUUGGAAACAGGAACAUUUGGAAGUGGGUUUCCUAAGGCAUCAUCCAUGGUAUCUGGAAGUGAUACAGAUACGUAUGCAAUGUCUGGUUGGAACCUCAAUAACUUCCCUCGCUUGCCAGGUUCUGUGUUAUGUUUUGAAGGAUGUGAUAUAUCAGGAGUUCUAGUGCCAUGGCUCUAUGUUGGGAUGUGCUUUUCAUCAUUUUGUUGGCAUGUGGAGGAUCAUCACCUGUAUUCGCUAAACUAUAUGCACUUGGGUGACCCAAAAAUGUGGUAUGGUGUGCCAGGAAGCCACGCAUCCUCAUUGGAGUCUGCAAUGAGAAAACAUCUGCCAGAUUUAUUUGAAGAAUCACCAGAUUUACUUAAUGAAUUGGUUACACAAUUAUCUCCAUCCGUUCUCAAAGCAGAGGGUGUUCCAGUUUAUCGAGCUGUUCAGCAUGCUGGGGAAUUUGUUCUCACCUUUCCAAGGGCAUAUCACUCUGGAUUUAAUUGUGGCUUUAACUGUGCAGAGGCUGUGAAUGUUGCUCCUGUAGAUUGGCUAGCACAUGGUCAACUUGCAGUGGAACUAUACAGUGAGCAACAUCGGAAGACAUCACUUUCCCAUGAUAAGUUGCUCCUUGGAUCAGCUCAGCAAGCCAUUCAGGCCCUCUGGGAGCUGUCUGUUCUUGAAAAAGUAACUCCUGGAAACUUGAAGUGGAAAAGUGUCUGUGGGAAGGAUGGGAUGCUUACAAAAGCAGUUAAGCUGAGGGUGGAGAUGGAGGAUGAGAGAGUAAAGUGCCUUCCUCCCUAUUUUAAGUUGCAAAAGAUGGAGAAGGACUUUGAUUUGGAAACUGAGAGAGAAUGCUUCUCUUGCUUCUAUGACUUGCAUCUAUCUGCUGCCAGCUGCAAAUGCUCGCCUGAUCGAUUUGCAUGUUUGAAGCAUGUAAACAAUUUCUGUUCAUGUCAAGAAGAUGGUGGAUUUAUCCUUCUCCGUUAUACCAUAGAGGAACUAGAAACACUAGUCAAAGCAUUGGAGGGAGGAUUAGAGGCUGCAAAAGUAUGGGUUUCUGAUGAUCUGAGUUUCAAUCCCAUUAAUGAUUGUGAUGAUCGUCAAGACAGUAAAUUGUUCCCGAUUAAAUGUUCACCUAUGAGAAGUUUAUCUUCUUCUCCUAGGGAAGACAAAAUGGCAGAUGCUAAUGGUCCUUGCUGUUCUUCUAAUCAUGAUCCUUCAAAAGUAAUCGAGUCAGAGUCCCAGCAGGGAUCUUCUAAUUUAAAGUGCUCUCAUUUCAAUAGCAGCAGUUGCGAUGAUGUCUUAAGUUUUGAGGCCCUUGUCAAGAAAAGUAAGGUAAUCUUGAAGCAGGAUGGCUGCAUUGACUUGAAUCUUAAUGCCAUAUCAGAUUAUCCUGUGAGUGGGUGGCUGGAUGCUUUUGAUAGACAUAAUAACAACCCUAUCGUGGACGUGGGAAGACUUGAAAGGUUAUAUAAACAAGACAAAGUUUGCCACUCUGAUGAAGGAAGAAAACCCGAUCUGAAGUGGCCAAGUGAAGGUGCUAGUUCAUUAGGUCCUUCAGAAUCACAGAAGAAAGAUCAUCUGUUUGAGGGAAAGAACUUGUUUGCCAUUAAAGUUCUGUCUAAAGAUCCACAUUCAGAAGUGUCAUCUAACAGUUGUUUGAAGACAGAAAGAGGCAACAGCUUAGAUGUAAAUUUAUCUGUGGCUGACCAAGGCAAUACAAAGGAAAACCUAAAUACUUGUGUUGAACCUUUAAAUUUUGGAUCUGUCAUGUUUGGAAAGCUAUGGUGCAACCCACAAGCUAUAUUCCCUAAAGGAUUUAGAAGUCGUGUUAAGUUCUUUAGUGUGCUUGAUCCAACAAAAAUUUGCAGCUACAUCUCAGAAGUACUAGAUGCUGGGCUUCUUGGACCUCUAUUUAAGGUUAGUUUAGAAGACUGCCCAGGCCAAAGCUUUACAAAUGUAUCUGCAGAGAAAUGCUGGGAGAUGGUGUUAGAGCGGCUAAAUCAAGAAAUUGCAAGACAGAGGGAUAUAGGUCAAACAGGAUUGCUCCCUUUAGAAAGCAUUAAUGGUCUUGAAAUGUUUGGGUUUCUCUCAUCACAGAUAAUUCAGGCAAUUGAAGCUCUUGACCCAGACCAUCAAUGUGCGGAGUACUGGAAUAACAGGCUUAAGACUUUGGACGUGGACAAUGACAAUGAAGCCAAGAAGUGCCCGUUUGGCUUAAGCUGCUCCCCUGACGAAACCAAGAGAAAAUUAUUUGGUUUUGAUUUGACAAAGCAUGAUCAGGAGACUCCAGUUAUAGGAGAUGAUUCAGUUGAUGAAGAGGUGCAGGUAGUUAUACAAGGACUUUUCAAGAAGGCAAAUCCCAGAGAGUUACAAAUAAUGAAGAGGAUACUUUCUAGCUCGGCACAAAGUGAUGAGUGGAAAGUGGCAUUGACAACAUUGACAGAAGAGAUCCAGAAAACAUGUAGAUAAAUCGAAGAAGGGUCGACAAAGAAAAUAAAAGAGAAGGAAUAAAGUAGGCACGGUCAUUCUUUGUCAUUGGUAACUUAAUUUGCCCAUUCUUUGAGCAAAAUAUACAGUGAGGGAAAUAGGGUCUCAGGCAUGAAGUGCACAAAAUUUUUGAUGCUACUAACAGAUGGUAGAUAAGGCCGCCUUUAUUUGUACAUUGCAAAAUUUUAUAAAUGUUUGACUAAAAUACAUGCCUCUCUAGCUUUCUUUCUUUUUAUGUUUUUAUUUUUUAUUUUUUAUUUUUGAAAUAGGGCAAGAAUAGGAAAUGAGAGGAAGAAGGGGAUGUAAAUGUUCAAAUCUUAACACAUUUUGCCUCUCAAAAUGGCUUGUUUACCAUCAAGCCAGGAGGUGGUUUGCUUAAACACCUGCCCCUCUUUGAUGUCAGGUUUAGCCAAUAUAACUGUUUUAUUUUC